GCUGAUACACGGCGGAUGAAGUUGAUCGCGUCAAUGUAUACGUAACAGACACUUUAAACAUUAUGAAUACACUAUCGACUAUACGUAGCCAUUGUCGUUUUAUUUUCAAACCUUAUCUAUCCUUUUCUUUUUUAACACUCAAACACUAUUUUAAUUUUCAACGUUCAGUACCCCUCAUUACAUCGGGAAAUUCAUAUUGCUACGUUUAGAAUUGUUCGAGGAGUGACAUUUAUAGCAUAUCGAUACGAUGAUAAUAGAGAAAAAAAGACGCUGAAAGAAAUGUCCAUUGAUGUAAGAUGAGACAGGAUUAUCGAAGAUUGAAAGCUUAUCGAAAGAAUAUUCGCUAUCCAGUCAAAGACUACGUGGAUCAAUUAUUAUUUCUCAUCAAACCAACUAAUGAAAAUAUAUCGUGAUAAAAAUAUAUCGUAAAGUUCUACAAACGCAAAUGGUGCGGUAAUUUUGUGGUGCUUUUCGCUUUUUGCGAAAACAUGCGUUUACGAAAAUGCAAAUUUAUGUGCUAAUUAAAAAUGUUCAAGGUCAACCAGAGUGCGACAUCAAAUCGUACGUAAUAACUAAAUAUUCGCGCAUUCCUAAAUCGUAUUGUACAAUUCUCAAGUUGAAUCGCGUGACUCUGAACCGUGUGAAAGCGCGUAGAAAAAACGAGCAUCAUUUAAUAGUGCCAGUAUGAUGAGGAGUCGCUUCUCGUUCUGAAAUGGCAGUAUCAGAUAUUUGAAAGAAAGGUAAUCCCCUAACCGAAUGAAAAUACUGCUGAGGAAGUAGAAGAAAUGUUAAGUUGAUCUCUCGAUUAUGCCUGUGUGACGAUUGCUCUACGUAUCGAGAAAGACACGUUGUGCCAAACAUUUUGAUGAAUUAGAUUUACUAAAAAUAUGUCGGGAAAGUAAGCAUUUACAAUCGAAUCGUAGAAUGAAACGGGUGAAAGGGUAAAAUAAAAAGCAGCAAGCUCCUUAGGCGUUGUAAUGAUUGGAGGCAUCUCAGGGAGACGAGAUGAGAGGACGUGCGAAAAGGAGAGAUGUUUGCACAGUGGCAAUACCCUGACGUUUGGUCGUCUAGUGAAAAUUAAGAGGAUCAUCUUGGGCAAUCGCACGUCAGGGUGAUUACGGUCGAAAGACCGUGGUAGUAACACGGCUGCGCACGGUAAAAGAUGAAUGACAGCGAGAUCUACUUAUUGAACUGGGAAGAAGAGGCACACGCAUUAAACAACGAUCUCGGCAGGAGCUUUUAUAACGCGAGCUAUCCGCCGUUCAAUCAGACCUAUGAGGAUCUCUGGGAACUCGCGACAGAUCGAAUCGGUCUCGCGAUCGUUCUGUUGCUCUUCUGCGUAGCCACCGUUUUCGGCAACUCGUUGGUGAUCCUCGCGGUGUUUCGCGAGAGGCAUCUGCACACAGCUACAAACUAUUUCGUGACUUCGCUGGCUUGCGCCGAUUGCCUGGUAGGACUGGUAGUGAUGCCAAUUAGCGCGGUGUACGAGGUAUUGGAGAACCGUUGGCUCUUCACGACGGACUGGUGCGACGUUUGGCGCUCGCUGGAUGUCCUCUUCUCCACCGCGUCCAUCCUGAACCUGUGCGUCAUCAGUCUGGAUCGGUACUGGGCGAUCACCGAUCCCUUCACCUAUCCCACUCGAAUGAGCAGGAAACGCGCGGCGAUUCUAAUUGCCAUCGUAUGGAUUUGUUCGAGUGCGAUCUCCUUUCCUGCGAUAGCGUGGUGGCGUGCCGUUCGUACCGAGCAAGUGCCGGAAGACAAGUGUCCCUUCACGGCGAACCUCGGUUACCUGAUAUUCUCCUCGACAAUCAGUUUUUACCUGCCGCUAUUCGUGAUGGUAUUCACCUAUUACAGAAUCUAUCGCGCCGCCGUGAUACAGACGAGGAGUCUGAAACUCGGUACGAAGCAGGUGAUGAUGGCCUCGGGCGAGCUCGAACUCACGCUGAGGAUACACCGAGGCGGUGUAUCCUCCGCCAACGCCACCGACGCCAGGCAUCUUUUUCGUACCGCCUCGAGCACCCCCGAGGAUCUCCAAGAUCUCGAGGAACCGUUAACUGCUCUUCACAACAAUGGUCUCACCAGAGUGCCCUCCGUCAGGAUCAACAACAAACAGCACCUAGGCAAAAAUUUUUCUCUCUCGCGCAAGCUCGCCAAGUUCGCCAAGGAGAAGAAGGCGGCAAAGACCCUCGGUAUCGUUAUGGGUGUAUUUAUUAUUUGCUGGCUGCCGUUCUUCGUUGUGAAUCUAUGGUCGGGAUUCUGCACGAGGUGCAUAUGGCAGGAAGAAAUCGUAUCUGCGGCCGUCACUUGGCUCGGCUGGAUUAACAGCGGAAUGAAUCCCGUCAUAUACGCUUGCUGGAGCAGAGAUUUUCGUAGAGCUUUCGUCAGAAUUUUAUGCUACUGUUGCCCGAGACGAAUGAAACGGCGGUAUCAGCCAGCAUUCAGGUGUAAACCAAGUCAGUACAUCUCCGGAAUGGCAACGGGAGGGCAGGCGAGUAACGUGAGCUACAGCAGCGUCAGUCAGAGCAGCGACGGCGGCGUAUGUGCGACCGGAAGUGGACUGGGUCUCCCCAGUAGCGGUAUGUGACGGCACACAUCGGCCCGAACAGGGCCACGGCGAGAACGAGCGAUUCGAUUCCGUGAUGCGUGAGUAGAAGCGCGAUUCCAACAAUUGACUUUCACAAAAGCUAAAAGAAUCCUUCUCAUCACGCCUGAAAAAUAUCUCAAGAGAUAUCUCCUCGAUCAAGUGCUCCGAUGUGCUUCAAGAUUACGAGAUUGAUGACGAGGCUCCUACGGCCGCGCCGGAAUGAAGAAACGACUUGUGACUCUCAAAUCUAUAUCUACAUGUAGAUUAUUGUAGAUCGCUAAAUAUCUACGAAACGUGUACUUAACAUCAAUUCAUAUCGCCACGAUUUAAAUAAGUUGUUGCAUUUUCGCUCGCGUAAUCACACUAACGAGCAAGUUAAUGCCUUGUGAAUAUAUACAUACUAUAUAUUCGGUCACCACCCGAGCUCUUGAAGAAAAGAGUUGAGAUUCAUAAAAAGCAACGUGGGGUAAAAUCCGGCUACGAUUACGACUUGGUCAGCGUAAUGCGCCGCAAGAGACUCCACUUGUACAUGUUCUAUUCGUGUUAAAGAAAUCUUGCAGGAAAAACGUCCUUUUACAUGUGCAAUUUUCAAGACACAGUCUCUCGUCUCAAGAUUGGCUAUAUAUAUACAUAUAAUAUCGACACUACCGUAGUAUUGUAAUGUAAACACGUCGAUAUGAAAUUAAAUAACAAUCGCUGAUACAAGAUUCCUUAUCUAAUUCUGUCUGACGCCGUUGAUGCGACAAAAGCUAAUUGUGUCCAUUGGAUAUUCGUGACAAAUUAGAUAGCAUCUGACUCGUUCGAUAGAAAAGAAAUAUAUAAAUAAGAAAAUUGGCGAGAAAAAGAUCAAUGUAUUCCGCAAGCAAUAUACGUGUACAUAGAUUUUGUCGUGACUUCUUUGUAAACGUACAUACUACGCAGGUAAUUUUGCAAGAAGAAACCAGUCAUGUAUAUUGACUAGUCUUAAGAAUGGAAAGAGAGUCGGAGGGAAAAGCAUUUUUUACUUUAUUGCAGUUUAUAAAAUUUUUCAGAUGAAAGGGCUUCCGCACCGGCUUUUAGAAAAAUUUAUUUUAUUUCAUUUCUGCAGCGUAUACCUUUUAUAAUAAUAUCCGAUUAAACACCAGCUAACAGUUACAUAACAUCAAUUUCUCACUCAACAAUAUAAAUGCAAUAUAACACAUGUUGUACAUAACAGUCACAUUGUUGAAUAGGAAAUUAUAAUACAUGUGUAACCGUCAGUUCCAAUCGGUCAGUUGGUGUUUACUGGGAUUAUAAUCCACGUUACAAUUUCCUAGAUUGCCCCGUUUAUACGUCGAUUAACGUACAAUAUAUCACGCAAUUCUCUUUCCGAUAAUCAAUACAAGUAUUGGAAAAGAUUUUCUGUGAAACAUAAGAGAACCGCAAUCAAAAGCAAUUAUUUCUUGUUGCGAUAAAGAGAAAUGAUCCUUUGAUCGGUAGCUCAAGUAUUCAUAAAUUGCCAACUUUGUAACAUUUCUCAGAAGGCCUCUCUAAAAACAACAAAUUAUUAGCUUCUGAUUUUUAACUAUAAAGCAUCUCCUUGUUUUUGUCAGACUCAUUUCAAAAAUGUACGCUGUAAUAUUUUUAUUUAACAAAUCUCUCGCUAAAAAACUUAACAAGUUUACACAUGCCUCUUUGCUAUUGGAAACAAUUAUAUAAUUUGGCUUUUGUCUAUGUAACAGUGACUACGGGACCAAAAGAUUUUACUCUAACUCUUUUUCUAUUACUAAUAUUUUUCGAGAUACAUGACUUGAUUUUCCAUGAAAUGUGUGUCUUGCCAGAUAUAAAAUAUCUUGGCAAAGAUUACUCAACGUGGUGCUCAUAUUAAUAUGAACACUUGAUGAUUACAAUAACGCGUUACAAGACUAAUUAAUACUGUUUUCAACGUCUUACGUUAUAGUAAAUCAAUUCAGUUAUAAAAAAAAGAUAACAAUCGGUAGAUCUUGAACAGAUAUAAAUAAUAUAUCGACCGUUUCGCGUGAAAAUUAGUAAAACCCAUUUUAUUCUUCUUAUCAGCAAGAGAUGAAGAAGCAAAGGAUCAUCAAAUAAAAUUGAAACUCAUCUCUCUCAUUAUUAGCUUGUAAUAUAAACAUUCCAAUGACUGGCAAUAGAUUGUAUAUACAUGUUAAGCGUGGCGUUGACGAUAACCCAGUGAAAACAUCAGCCUAGUUAAAAUGAUGUCGGUAUGACAUCAAAAUCGUUAUUUGACACUAUCUGUAUUGACGCUGUACGCGAUAAAAGAUUAUGUGGAAAGGUGAAAAUAGAUGUCUAUUUGAUAAUUGUAGUGUUAUGUAAGAAAAACUCAAACAUAUUAUGUUGACGUCCAAAUUCUCAUAAUUCACUUUGCCAUAUCAAUUAUUUUUCUAUUUUAACUGUAUAAGUUUCUUCGAUAUUUCUUUGACUUGUUGCAUAUACAUCUUUCAUCUUGCGUUUCAACAAUUUUUUCAUAGAGCAAGUAUUUUACGAUUUAUUUAAGGUCGUCAGAUGUUAGAUGACUCAUCCUGUAUAUAAAUAUGUAUUUAUAUUCAAUAUAAUUUUGUUUUAGUUUUGCACUUAUUCCUGUAGAAAGUAAUUGUUUACUUUUGAACAAACAUCGAAAGUCUAAGUCACCAUCAAGGCAUGGGACGUCUUGCAGUUAAAUUAUCAUCAUUUUGUCCACUCAUAUCGCUCAUCAAUUUGAUGGCAUUUUGACAUCACUUUGAUCAGGCUGUUUUCACUGGGAACACUUUAGCUUCGAAUUAUCAAACUUGGUAUUUUAUUUGACAUGCAAAUAUUAAUCGAAAAUGCAUAUUAUAUUAAAUUGGACAAAGUAGCGAAUAUCCUCAUUAAAUUCUCUCUUCUCCUUUUCUCCGAGCUUCUAAUAUUUUUCUACUUGACCUCGUCUAUUUCUAAAAGAUGUUAUUUUAGUAUAACCUUUCUCACACAAAUUAUUUGUCCAAAGGAUUAAUAAUUACAUUUUAGUGGAGCAAUUGGUGUUUGUAAAAAGUCUAAAUAACAAGUCGUACGAUCGCUCUUUCAGGGAAAGCACUAGAAAAAUUAUUUUUUUUUCUUUGACUUUGUAAAUAUCAUAAACUAAAUAGAAAGAAUCUUACUUUGUAAUAAAUAUAGUCUUGUAUGUACAGGAGUACAGAGUCUAUUUAGAAUCUCUCAAGACUGCACGUCAGUACCUUCAAAAACGGUGUCUGUAACGUACUGUCCUUUAUAAUAAAAUAAUAAUAAAAAUGUACUUCCUA